CGGACAGUCGCGCGCUCGCAGGAACUAGUUGUUGGAGUAGACUGAGCGCAGGAGCACUUCAUUACAAGCAGAGCACCAGCUGUGAGGGGAUAUUCACCUGCUGCUGCUGCCGGGAACAAUUCAGCAGGAUUUUCAUUUAUUUCAACACUCUCCGUCUUAAAGGCGCAGCUAAGGACCCUUCUGCCGGACUCCCGCUCUGUCCUGAAGACAAACAAGUUUAUUCCGCCUUGAAUUGGUGCGCUUUUACGCAGAAACUGUCGCGCGUCUGAAGGUUUCGACUCUACGUUUGUCCCGUAGAGACUGCCUGGUUUUCAAAAACAGGGGACCGUAAAGCACCAUGGCGAGACAUGACGCCCGAAACUGGCAUGACUGCUCCAAAAUGAUCGGACUGCUCUGCCUGGUGGCGUCGAUAGUUCUUCAACACGGAGUGUCGGGUCAGCGGGUGAAGGUGGAGCCCGAGGUGUUGUCUUACCCCGGCCAGACAGUCAACCUGCGCUGUGCCUUCACUGAUGCCACUGGGAUUCAGCUCACAAUGGUCACCUGGAUCUACGAGCCGAAGGAUGGAGAGAGGAUCAACAUCGCCGUGUUUCUACCCAACUAUGAUCCCAACUACCCCGACUCGCCCGUGAAGGGCAGAGUCAGCUUCGCGCCCAGCCCCCCCAACGUGGUCAGCCCCUCCAUCGAGAUCAGCAACGUGGGGAUGACCGAUGAGGGGAAGUACAUCUGCGAGUAUGCCACCUACCCCAGCGGCAACGAGCAAGGCAUCACGCACCUCGUCAUGCUGGCUAAGCCUCAGAACUCGGCCUCCAUCGUGACCGUGGUGGCGGGCAGUAAGUCGGUCGUUGUGGCGCGCUGCGAGUCCGUGGACGGCCGCCCCCCUGCCAAGAUCUCCUGGGUGACCGCAGCCAAUGGCAACGGCACAACGGUUACCAAACCGGGCGCCGACAACACGGUGACGGUGAUCAGCGAGUACAGCAUGGUCCCCUCCCCCAAAGACAACGGGAAGGACCUGAGCUGCGUGGUGGCUCACAGGACGCAGGUCAAACCAGAGAGCUUCCACCUGAAGCUGGCAGUGGAAUUUGCCCCUCAGGUGACAAUAGUAGGUUACGACAAUAAUUGGUACGUGGGUCGUACAAAUGUGGAGCUCACCUGCCAGGCCACGGGAAACCCCACGCCGCUGACCGCCCAGUGGAAGACGAUGACGGGAGAGAUGCCCGACACGGUGCAGAUCACAGACAACAAGCUGAAGGUGCUGAAGGUGGACGACGCCGUCAACACCACUUUUGUCUGCGAGGUCAAGAACCGCAUCGGGCUGGGCAGGGAUCAGGUCGCCGUCAUGGUCAGAGAGCCCUCAGUGAACCCAUCCAAUGCCGGCGUGGUGGCGGGAGCUGUGAUUGGCUCCCUGCUGGCUCUCCUUUUGGUCGCCGCUCUCAUCGCCGUGCUCAUCACCCGUAGCCGCCGGCAACAGCAGGGUUACCGCGCCAACGGCGGCACCGACAUGAAGACGCGCAUGUUCGGCGGAGGCAAGAAGGCCAGCAAGAACGGCACGGGCGGAGGCAACGGGAGCGGAGUAGGAGUUGGAGGCGGGAACAACAAUGGGCCGAUCUACGUCUACGAUCAGGGCUCCUCCCAUCCGGGCCUCGGAGAGAAAAACAACCACCACCAGCCACUCACCAUGGGGGGCGUCGCCACGACACCCACCGCCCAAGAUAUCCUGUUGAGCAACGAGCUAGAUGACGGCGAGAGGAGGAAGUUUGACGAGCUGGAGGAGGACGAGAGAUAUGAUAAUUUCACCGGAGGCGCCCCCAUCCUUCAGCUCCGCCCGCCACACGACCAGGACGAUAUAAUUGGAGACUACAUGGAUGACGACAUGGAGUCCCAGCGAGAUGGAUCCGUCAUCUCACGGACUGCUGUCUACGUAUAGAGGAGGAGAAGGAGGAGAGGAAAGGAAAGGAGGAGAAGAAGAAGAAACAAGGAAGGAUGGAGGAAUUCCUCCUGAGGAUUUUUAGGCUCCAGGGUCUCGGCCCUGUUCGGGUGGAGAAGAGAAAAUGAUACCACUUUUUAUUUUUGGAGAAUUGAUCUUAAACAUAUUAUUAAUCACAGUGCUACCCCAGAAUGAGCAAAGACAGAACACAAACCACUGCUUCUGCUCAUGCUAUCGCUAUCACUGGGACCUUGACAUACUCCUGACAGACAGACAGACUAACAGAGAAAAACUAUGUAGUGUGGGAGUAGGAUAAUGGCAUCAUGAUACAAGCUCGGCUAAAGCGGAAGAAACUCUCUUGCAUAUUCACUCUUAUCUUCACCAACAGUGUAGAAGUGGUUGUCAAGCAGUUAGUUAAACAUACAUGCCUGCUUCUCUCCCGUGGUGAACCUUGUAUGUAAUGCAUUGUGCUGUGACAGCUGGUGGACACUUUGGUUGGGCUGGGAGGAAAACAUUUAGAGGUAUACUUACAGUAUUCAUCAGGUGAUUUAGCUAAGAAAAGAAAAGUAUUUGCUGCUGGCUAGCUCUCAUUUCCGCUCUCUCUGCCUUCCUCUCAAACUGCUCUGCAAGCUAUCGACAACUUGCUUGAUUUUUCAAAACCCUAAUCAAACCCUUUCCUUGUGUGCUGCACACAUACAGCAGCUUCUGACUCCAACUAUGAACGUUUGCAGAGAGUUUGAGUUCUUAGCAAGGUGUACACAUUCAAACUUUUGUACUGUGCCUGGAGGAACGAGACGGUAAACAAGAGAUGAGGGGAAUGAGGUGUAGCCGAUCUGACAGGGUUAGGGGAUGGAGAGAGGGAUUCAGGAGGAGGGCGAGGAGUCUCUUCCUCCUCAUCCUCGUCUCCUCAGAGCGCUCCUGACAGGAGGAGCUUGAUUGGUAAUGAGCCGUGAAGUCACUCGCUUAGCCGGCAACAACAGAUUGCCACCACUUAUCGUUUAUGACGUGACGAUUCCUCCCCCGCCCCCCCCCCCCCCCCACCUCUAUCUCUCUUAUCAUUCCUCCGUCUCUCUCUUUUCAUCCCUCUCUCCCAGUGUUUAUGGGGAGUUUAUGAUUUAUCCAGUAACGUGGAGGUCAGGGCCACAGAGAGCAGCCGAGUAUUUUACUGCUCCUGAUGUGUCAAAUGCCCCACUUACUCUAUUCUUACUCUAUAUCCUGCCCUGACCCCCCAGGACUGACUCUCUGAUCCACCUGGAGGGCCAUGUUCGCUCCAAUGCCUCCAGCAGUAUUUUGUCCAUGGCCUGAAUACCCCCCAAAAAUACAACCACUUGAGGUUUGAUAGAUUUUCAAUGAGAUCAGGUAACAUUUCUAUCCAUUAAGGGGUGUUGUUAAAUGUAGAGAAUUGAUCGGGAGACAUAAAAGGUUUCAUCAACUGCGAACCUUCGGGAGUCAUAUUGACUAACGGGCAUCAAGCAGUGAAAUGGCCCUUUACGAUAUGGCUUCAGGGCUGAUUGUCUCCUGACUGUUAAUUUAUCCUCAUAACGAGCCACCGGAGGCUCGCCCGGGCAAAUAUUACUCCGUGGGAACCGCACGCUGCUGUCUUGGAGGCGGAGCGUUUACAUCCGGCAUGUGUCACUGUGUCUAUGGAGCCACUAGAUGACUGUGAUGGACAAUCUUUGAGAGAAGCCCUACUAAUCGGGCUUUCCCUGACCUUUCCAAUCAAAUCCCUCGUGACCCACUGGGAAUCUGGUGAGGGCAGCUCUCGAUGAGUGUACUGCCCUCUUAUAAGGCCUGCCAAAGAUCAGCUUGAGGUCAAAUGCAGAGCGACCCGCUGCCUAGAGCCAGGAUGACUUUGCCUGCCUGCAUUUCCUCUCACAGCAGUUGAUAACCUUGAGCUAUAGAGGUGGGAAACACUUGCAUACACUACAUGUAUCCUUAUAGGGUCAGACAGUCCUAGUUUUCCUUUGUGAAAGCUGUUCAAAGAGGCGGAGAGAGGCAGAGAGAGGCGGAGAAGUGGCUUUUAGUGUUCGAACGCGGUCUAGCAUAUUGUAAGCCAGUGUUCAAUAAGAUUAUCGUCUGAUGGCCUUAGCUUAUAUAUAAACGCAGCUCCAGUCAACCCGCUGCAGUUCAUUUACUGAACCCAGCUGGUUUGUGACAACCACAAAAAAAAAAAAAAUGUAUUACUUAUUUUUGCACUUGUUUGUGUCACCGCUACAAAGAGAAAUAUAAGUGUAAUACUUGGUUUUGGGGUCAAAAUAGCGAUAAGGGACAAGACUGUUGUAUGUACAUUUUGGUGUGAGGUAUCUGUGAACUAUAUAUGUAAGCAUCUUUAUUUUUCUUGUGAAAAUGUGGAUAUUUAUAACGAUGUAAAUAUCAGAUCGAUGGAGCCAGUGUUGUGGAAUAAAGAAGGCGGUCUGGGUCAGCUAAACCUAAAGUUCAAAUGUCUCAGAGGGCAGUCAGAAUGUAAUUUUUAAUCUAAUGAAUAUCUCGGCGGUUUGGGUGUUAAAAAAACACUGAACCGACUGAGCUGAGUUUGCCUAACAGUCGAUUUGUAUCGGUGGGAAAAAUUAUAUAAUUGUAUCAUUUCUUUUGUGAAAGUUAACAUUGCCUGCAAUUCCACAAAAUAAGCACACCGUGUUUUUUUGCACAAUUGGCUUCUCCUUGACAGACACCCUGCACAAUGCAAAAAUACCCACAAUACUUAUAAUUUAUCAGGUAGACCGUAACCACACAAGCAGGCGGUGGUGUGUGUUGACUCAGCUCUGUGUGUGUAUUCAGUAGUGUGUAUUUUCGUGAUGCUCGGAGGCUUUGGGACAUCUCUCACUGCCAUUGGGGCUGUAACCUGAGUAGCCUCUAUUUAUGUCACCAUGGAAAACUGGCAAAAUGAAGAUAUUAUUGUGCGUUUCCAAAACACGCUUACUCGCACACACACACAUACUGUACAUAUACAGAAUGCAGAGAAACAUUCUCCCACACACAAACACCCCUCAGUCACUCUCAUUAUGCUCACUCCCACAGCCAGACUGUGCCGAAGACACCUCAUACCUGACAACUUCGCCAUCUCCUGACAUCAGCCCACACAAAUGCGCUCGCAUAGCCGCACACACACACACACACACACACACACACACACACACACACACACACACACACACACACACUUACUUCUCCGCUUCUUGCUCAGUGGCUCCGUCAGGACAUAUACUGUGUCCUGUUACAGUGAAAAGAGCCGCAGCGUGAUGUGUCCCCCGCUCCACCGCUUUCUAUUCUUCAAGACCUCACUCUGAAACGACCACAUUGAACACACACAUUCAGGGACACACACACCUUUCACCCGGUGCUGGAGAAACGGGCUUUUGGACCAUUUGUCCAUUCCACUUCGAGGAAUAUAGCUUUCAUAAAAAUGCCACUGUGCUGACCCGCUCCACCUCCCGUCUCACUUUGAAUGCUUUUAGAGCCGAGACAUCCUACUCGCCUCCAAAAUGUUGUUUUUUUCAACUUUUCUCACUUCAGCAACCUCCGCGACCGCCUCCAUAAACACACACACACACCGUUGCCACCCACCUCAGCAUCAACGUUAAAGGCUUGUCAGACAAAAUGCUUUUAAUGAAAUCCACGAUCCCGGCCCGGGUCUAGCACAAGGUUAGGUAGUCAAAACACCCAAUAUUUAUCUUUAUUUACCCAGAAAACCGCAUACUGUUGCUAUCUCUUCGGUUCCAAACAUUUGAUGACUAAUCAAAGCCUUAACAUCUCCCAUCUCACUUGCAAAAAAGAAGGAAUUAAAGAGAAAACUUCCCUGUGUACAUAGUAUAAAUAUAUAAAUAUGUAGCAGAGAAAAAGAUAUUACUAAUUUAUGGUGUCACGUUUGUGUAUUUCUCAGUGACAGCAAGCAUGAAGGAUUUAUUUUCUCCUAUUACAGUUUCCUCUCUUUUCUGUUAUUUUGCAGUGCUUUAUAAUUUAUGUGCUUUAUUCUUGACUGCUGCGCGGUGAUUGCUGCCAAAACUGGCAAAUGUGCUUCUAUACAAAUGAACUGGACACACAACAAACCAGUCGUACCCCCAAAUGUGCUUUUUAUUAUUGACUGCUGUGUAAUCGUUGUUUUUUCUUUUUCUUUUUUUGUAUUCCUUUUUUUUAUUUCCAAUUUUGUGAAAAAAAUAACUAAGAAAUUAGAAUUGUUGUCACCAUUUUGUCAUGUCUUUCUAUAUUUUUUCGUAUUUUGUUGCUAUUAAAGAAUUAUUGAUUUUUGAAAUGUUU